UGGGCAAAGUGUGAUGCGUGCUUAGGUUAAUGAGAAGGUGGCAUAACCUCAUCUUAUGGAGCCACAUCUUUAUAAUGACAUCCAUGGGGUCGUGUGUAACUCAUUGAGCUUGUGUAACUACAUCUAUCAACCCCCCAAAAUCUAUUCGUGCUCAAGAACCCUAACUUUUUUAUUUCAUUCAAAAACCAAAUCUGUGUGUGAUGCACUUGCAAAAUGCAGCAGCAACAAAGAAAACGAGUUUUUUUUCCAUUACGAUUUAGCUAAACCUUUAAUGAAUUCACAUUGCAUGGAAAGAAAAUGAAAAGAGCACGGGCGUACUCGUGGUGAAUGCCGGCGAUGAUCUCCUUCCCACGCCGCCGGCAGCAUCUCCUCUCCCCCUCUAUCUGCACUUGGCGUUCGCCGCGGGUAAUUGCUGCUUGUUCUCGCCGGUGGCUUGCGAAUACCAUUUUGUACUCGUCGACGCCUGCGACGGUAGCACAAUUCGAUUCGGCUCGAUAUUAAGCCGGAUUCUAGGUAUUUUCACUCAGGCCCUUUCAUUUCAGCAAAUUAGUCCUCUGUCUUCAAAUCAAAUAUCAAGUUGAUCUUUUGCUUAAACAACAAGUGAAAGAUGCGAUUUUUGGUCUCAGACUUUCUUCUUCCCUCUCCCUUCAUUGUUCGUCCAGGAUUAGGGUUUUCUGACUGCGGUGGUGAGAUGGGGCAGCAGUCGUUGACCUACAGCUUCGUGGCGCGCGGGCGGCAUACCUGGCGGAGCACACGGAGGUCGCCGGCAACUUCAACAGCAUCACCGCCAGCAGAGGCUCCCCUCCAGCAACAAAAAGUUUUCCUCAUCGAGGACGGAUACAUACAUGGAGGUGAUAGAGAGCAGCAACAAAAACAAAAACAAAAAAGGACGAUGCAAGUUCGACCAUGUACAGGCGUCCUGUUGUUAGAUAUGGUCGGCAAGCACAGGGAGAAGAUGUGAUUCUGUUCCAUGGCAGUUUUCACAGUUUAUACAACAAAACUGAUGGAGAAGCCGUAGGGUGUUUAACCUUUUAUGACUGCAACUUCCAUAGGCAUCGUGCUGAUCCUGUCAUGUGUUGGGCAAGGUAGCUUUUCCAUCACUAGCCUUACUGCCAACAUGAGCACAAAAGAAACAAUGAAAGAAUUCUUUGUUAAGUAAGCAGCAUGACACCAGCAUCACUAGCCCUUGCAUCUCUUUGGUGUCAUCUCAUGUUACAGCAUUGAGGCUUUCCUGCUUGCAAUUUAUCCCACAUGCAUGUCAUUUGCCUUGGAGACUGGUAAUGUGCAGUGUAGUAACCGUCAAUGCAUCCGAACUGGCAGAACUUGAGGCUGUGAACGUAUUCAAUUGCUCUGGAGUUAUUGAACUGCUCGACCCACAUGCCCAUGCUCACAUCUUCCAUUUUAAACAACUGCAUCAGUUUUGAAUUUGAAGAUCAUGCAUCAUAUCAUACUUCCAUCAUUAUAAAGGAAGAGGAAGAAGAAUUAGCAAAAAGGAACAAAACAAAAAGUAACCAUAAUGGAAAGCUCAUCAUCAGGAAGUCAUAUUCGUCACAACUAUUGAAUUCAACUACACAAUGUCAUAUGGCUUUUAUUCAAGACUAUAUCCCCAAUAAUAUUCAAAUUCAUUUUUUAUUCCAUAGACGAAUCUUUUCUUUUGAUCCAACUCCACAGAGAGACCAGGUGCUCUAAUGAAAUUCUUGUUUUAUAUAGCUACUAAUGUUUUAAAUUUAUCAUUUUUAGUAACUAUGCA